CUUUGGGGCAUCCCAGGUCUAGAGGAACUGCACAUCUGGAUCUCCAUCCCCUUCUGCACCAUGUAUGUAGUGGCCCUUGGAGGUAACUCUCUGUUGAUCAUAGUCAUCUGGAUGGAGCACAGUCUACACGAGCCCAUGUAUCUCUUUCUGGCCAUGUUGGCCCUGUCAGACCUUUUGCUGUCCAGUACCAUCAUGCCUAAGAUGCUGGCAAUUUUUUGGUUCCAGGAUAGAGUCAUUUCUUUCCAGGCCUGCAUGACCCAGAUGUUCUCUGUCAUUGCUAUCUUUGUCAUGGAAUCAACAGUACUUCUGGCAAUGGCAUUUGACCGCUAUGUGGCCAUUUGCUUUCCGCUGAGAUAUACCAUGAUCCUGACUCCUUCUGUGAUCAAGAAAAUUAUGGGAUUUUCUGUGGCCAGAGGCCUUCUUAUCACUUCCCCUUUUAUCUUCCUAGUUGAGCGGCUGCCAUUCUGUGGAAACAACAUUAUUGGUGAUACUUAUUGUGUGCAGACUAAGAUUUCCAGGCUGGCCUGUGCAGAUAUAACAGCCAAUAACAUUUAUACUCUAGUGUUGUCUUUCUUGUCUACAGGUUUGGAUGUUAUCCUCAUUUCUAUCUCCUACACUUUCAUUCUCCGAGCUGUCUUUCAACUUCCAUCCCGUGAUGCCCAGCUCAAGGCUCUGGGCACCUGCAGUUCACAUGUAUGUGUCAUCCUCAUGUUUUACCUACCAGCUUACUUGACAGUUCUGAUCAACCACAUGUUCUAUGGGGUCCUGCUAACUAGUCUCUACUUUGUGGUACCCCCUACACUGAACCCCAUUAUAUAUGGUGUCAGGACUAAACAAAUACGGGAUCAUAUCAUACACAGGUUCUCCCAACUGGGCCUAGGAGCUUAG